AUGGGCAACCAAGCAGGUGGGAGACAGAGCCUUGGUUAUACCCGAGUUGAUCAUUACAAUUAUCUCCGUACUAAACGUCAGUGUGACUUAAAGUAUGGUGAACCGGGGAGUUUGUUACGGUAUUUUGUGAAACAAACCAGACUCAAUCCCUCUUUUACUUACAGCUUACAGUUGGAUACAGAAGAGCAGAUAACUAAUAUUUUUUGGGCCGAUCUGAGAAUGAUAAUAGAUUAUGCGCUUUUUGGUGAUGUUGUGACGUUUGAUACAACAUUUUGUACAAACAAGGAGAAUAGGCCUUUUGGUAUUUUUUGUAGAUUUAACCAUCACAGAGGAGUUGUUAUAUUUGGGGCAGCUCUUUUAUAUGAUGAGACGGCUGAAUCAUUCAAAUGGUUGUUUGAGACUUUCUUGGAAAGUCAUGAAAAAAAGAAGCCUAUAACAAUUUUUACAGAUCAAGAUGCCGCAAUGGCAAAUGCAAUUCAAAAGUGUUUCCUGAAACAUGUCAUUGUUUGUGUACUUGGCAUUUGA